GAGAGUUGUUUCUUGGAUCAAUCUUCUGAUCCUCAAUCGUUCUUUUGCCCUAAUUAUGCUUACUCCGAUGACUUUUUCUCAUUUGAGUCACCGGAGAUGAUGAUUAAGGAAGAAAUCCAAAACGGCGACGUUUCUAACUCCGAGGAGGAAGAAAAGAUAGGAAUUGAUGAAGAAAGAUCAUACAGAGGAGUGAGGAAAAGGCCAUGGGGGAAAUUUGCAGCGGAGAUAAGAGAUUCAACGAGGAACGGAAUUAGGGUUUGGCUCGGGACAUUCGACAAAGCUGAGGAAGCCGCUCUUGCUUAUGAUCAAGCGGCUUUCGCCACGAAAGGAUCUCUAGCAACACUCAAUUUCCCCGUCGAAGUGGUUAGAGAGUCGCUAAAGAAAAUGGAGAAUGUGAAUCUUCAUGAUGGUGGAUCUCCGGUUAUGGCCUUGAAGAGAAAACAUUCGCUUCGAAACCGGCCUAGAGGGAAAAAAAGAUCUUCUUCUUCUAAUUCUUCUUCUUCUUCUAAUUCUUCUUCUUCGUCGUCCUCUUAUUCGUCAUCCUCGUCUUCAACAUCAAGAAGUAGUAAGCAGAGUGUUGUGAAGCAAGAAAGUGGUACACUUGUGGUUUUUGAAGAUUUAGGUGCUGAGUAUUUAGAACAACUUCUUAUGAGCUCAUGUUGAUCUUGUAAUUAAUUUCAGUUAAAGCU